CGUUGAUCAAUCAGAAAAUGACACCUCAGAGAUAACGUUUUUUUUCCUAACUAACCCCACACACAAAAAUAAAGAUAAUACAAAAACGAUAUUCUUAUCAUAUUCGAUUUUCUCAAAAGUUGUCCUCUUCCUCGUCCCAACUCACCUCUCGGAGCUCUGCUCUGCUUCUGACGGCGCGCCGGUUAAAAUGGCGGCGACUUCACCUGUAUCUCCGAUUAGCCAUCAGUUAUUAUCCCGGAGCAGCUCCAGGUUCUGGAACAACGCUAUGACUCCCCGGUUCUGUUCGCCGGUUUUCUCGAUUUCCCCAUGUCUCAUCGGCGUGGCCGGAAUCGGGUCGGCGAGUCAGUUACGCGCUCGCCACCCUCUGAUCUCCUCCGCAGCUACGACGGAUUACCUAUUGCAUGACGUCGGAGCCACCGUGGCAGUUCUCGGUGGAGCCUACGCGCUCGUCUUAAGCUUCGAGAGUCUCACGAAGCGAAACGUGAUUCCUCAGAGUUUAAGCAGAAAGCUAGUGCAUAUACUCUCAGGUCUGCUUUUCGUAAUCUCGUGGCCAAUCUUCAGCGAAUCGACGUUGGCUCGAUACUUUGCUGCUUUUGUUCCGUUGGUGAAUUGCUCAAGGCUCGUCAUUAACGGUUUAUCCGUCUCCCCUGAUUCCACGCUAAUCAAAUCCGUCACUAGAGAAGGAAGACCCGAAGAGUUGCUUAAAGGUCCUUUGUUCUACGUUCUAGCCCUUCUCGUCUCUGUGCUUUUCUUCUGGAGAGAUUCUCCUACCGGUAUGAUCUCAUUGGCAAUGAUGUGCGGUGGCGACGGAAUAGCUGAUAUCAUGGGACGUAAGUUUGGGUCAGAGAAGAUACCUUACAACCCACGAAAGAGCUGGGCUGGAAGCAUCUCCAUGUUCAUCUUCGGCUUCUUCAUCUCAAUCGGAUUACUUUACUAUUAUUCGAGCCUUGGUUACCUUCAAAUGAAGUGGGAAACGACAUUUGCUAGAGUCGCGAUGAUCUCAAUGGUGGCCACAGUGGUCGAGUCGCUACCCAUCACUGAUCAAUUGGACGACAAUGUUUCGGUUCCUUUGGCUACUAUUUUAGCUGCUUUUGUAAGUUUUGGAUAUUAGAUUUUCAUCCAAUGUUUUAUAAAAAAUAUAUAAAUACCACCAGGAAAUGUACCCAUGAAUAUGCUAUUUGUAUAUAUUAUACUUAUGCGCCGUUUGCAUUACAGCUCAAAGAUUCAUACCUACUCUGGUUUUGGGGAUAUUUAUAAACACAUGGGUUUUUAUAUGAUAGAAUAAUACUAAAUAAGUACAAUUAGAA